GAAUCCAUAGAAUGCCUGCGCCGUGCGAUACACCUCACACCCUACCAGUACCGGCACAUACCUCUCGUAUCGUUGGGUAAUGUCCUGCACCGGAGUAAGAGCUCAGAAGAGGCGGCGAUUGUGAUUCAUGCGGCCAUCGACGUGGCGCCGGACACCACGAUCUCUCACUACACACUCGGCAAUAUCUAUGCAGGUAGUCAGGAUUAG